GUUAAUAAUUUUAGGCGAAUUCAGUGAAUUUUCCGUGUGCAUUGCGCAAACAAUGUCUCACUCGAUAGUUUGAGAAUGCGGUGGUGUAACUCUUCUUCGGAAUUCGAAAUAAAUAAGCUGCAGAUAAACAUCUCGGAAUCCACUCAACGUCUUCCUUGGUAGAACUAAACCCUUCGUCCACAUCAUGGUUGCACUGGGAUGGGAACCGUCAACCCUUCAGAAACCCACCCCAAAUCUGGUCGCAUCAUCUCCCACAACCUCCAUCUGCUUAAUGACAGCUACGGCGAUGACCAAGAAACAGGAAGUGUCCCCUCCUCCAAGCAGGACAACUCACCCCUUCGAAAAAAUGGAAUGCUCAAGACAGACCAACCAGCAAUGGAGGUGAACAACAACAUGGGACAAUAUGGUGAGGAGACACCAGGGGGUGCCCAGCCCAAUACAGAUGCUGGGUACCCUGAUCAGUUUAGAGAUUCUUUAGAAGAUGGUGACAACCGUCCGGCGAGCAACUCAUCUGCCGGCAGUCGCGGCAUGGACGACUCGCCUGUUGAGAACUCAAAGAGGUCCAUAAAAGCCGAGAAGCAGUAUCAGGAAGAUUUGAGGGAGAGGGUGAAGCAAUCGUUCGCCGACCUCGGUCUGGAACCGGAGGGGAUUCUUAAAGACGGUCUCGAAGAGGAAAGUAAACGGCCGCAAAGGAAGCGGAAAACAAAAAACUCAGAGGGGCGAUCUGCUCCCGGAUCGAGUGGGACGGAACAUGGGAGUCAAUCAGAUCAGGAUGAUGAUACUGAGCCUGAUUAUGAUGCAAAUAAGCCUGAUAAAUAUGCAAAUGAAGAUGGCAAUCCCAAUGAUCGGGAGCAGGGAUUAGAAGAUGAGACUACACCAAGGGGAUACCCAGAGGACAGUGGGUUAAGACAUGAUGAGGAUAGAUUAGCGGAUAGCAACCCAAAUGGGGGUUAUCCCGAUCAAGGGAAUUACGAAGAUGACAAGACUCCCAGAGCGUACCCCGAUCAGGAGGCUGAUGAGAGCCGUCUGCAAGAGGAUUACCCUGAAUAUGGAAAUGAAGACAAUUACAGUGCUGCUCAUGAAGCACCAGCAAGGUACUCAGAAGAAAACGAGGGUUACGAGAACAAUGACGCACCCCCUAGCCACCCUGAAAAUUACCCAAACGAGGGCCGAUAUGAUAACAAUCCAGAGAACGAUGGUCCGUACAGCUCAUACCAAGAUCAGGAUAAUAAUGGGUAUGGAGCUCAACCUGAUGAAGAGAGGAACCCAGAUGAGGGUAGUUACCCAAAUGAGGGUAGUUAUCCAGACACCAAACAGGAAAGGUACCCUGAACAAGACAGUUACCCAGAACAGGGUAGUUAUCCAGGAGAAGAUAGUAACCCCAUACAGGAUAGGUACCCAGAACAGAAUAGCUACCCCGAACAGGGUGGUUACCCAGACGGAGAUAGUUACCCCAAACAGGAUGGGUACCCUGAACCAGAUAAUUACCCCGAACAGGGUAGUUACCCAGAAGAGUCUGGGUAUGAACCCAAUGAGAAGGAUCCUGAAGAUGUUCCCGCUCCAAGUUACCCCAGUAGGUAUGAUAAUCAGGAAUCUGAUGAGGACCAGUAUGAUGAUAGGAAUCCGCCCCAAGACAGAGCUCAUGAGGACCAGAGCUCUGGUGAUGAACCAAGAACUGGGCGUUAUGACCAAACACCUAAGGAUACUGGGCGUUAUGACCAACAAACACCCAAGGAUAGUGGGCGUUAUGACGAAAUACCCAGGGAUUCUCUUGAUGCUGACCAUCCAGGUGCUCAAAAUGAUGAUGCGCCCACGGAUUCUUUGGAGUAUGACUACGAACCGAAGGACGAACCCUACAACCCUCAGGAGUUUCACAACAAUACAGAACCAGAACCACAAGACUCCUUAGACUUUGGCUAUUCAAAGCCGGCCCCUGAGCCAUCCCAACCCAAGGAUCAAGCACCCUAUGAUUCAUUAGAUGAAGAGGAACCACCUGUCGUGCCAAAUCAAAUUGCUCCCAGGGAAGCUAUUGAACCUGUCAAUGAACUCCAGAGAGAUUCUCCAAAUUUUCCGCGACCAGCUGUUCCAAGUACCCAGUCGAAUAACGUCCAACAUGUCCAAAGAGGAGGCUCUGACAGUAAUAAUUCAUCUGCUAAAUCUAACCGGGAUCCCAAUGGAUCAUCGGCAGGAUCGAGCGUUAGAAGCAAUAAACAAUCUCCAGAACCGCGGAGCUUGCCUCCCAGUGGAAAGAGAAGACCCUCGUCGGGGUCAAGGGGUCAACACCAAAAUUCAAGGCAAUCAAAACCCCAGGGUUACUCAAACAGGGAGACAAGGAAGAGCUCAGCAAACAAAACGGGAUCAGCUGAGUCUGACAGAUCCAGGCCCAAUUCUCGUCCGCAAGCAGGAUCAAGUUCUCAACUGGGUAGUCAGGUCUCUCUGUCAUCAAACCGAAGUAGACUUCAAGGCAACAGGGCAAAGGCUUCACCAAUUCCUGCCCAUGAGCUAUCUGCAAAGGAGCUUCUGAAGAGGACGAGAUCAAAAGGACCAGACGGCUUGACGGACAGACCCAAAUUUGAGCAUUCAGACUCUCAGCUUAUCAAGAAAAAUGGCGAAGAUGUUCGCGUAUCCUAUAUAUCAGAUGAUAGUGGAGACGAAGGUGAGCAUUUCCUGGAUGAGAAGGGAAGUCCUGUCGACCAAUUCGGCAAACCCCUCUACAAGGAUCUCCACGGUGGUAAGAAAAAACCGGAAGAGCCAAAGUUUGAGUUCAGGAUCAAACCAACACCACCUAAACAGAAGAGUCCUCUUGAGUUACAGUCUGUAAAUGCCAGAAGAACGUCCGCUGAUGCUGGAAGCCCUAAGAGAAUACCAAUUGGAGGUAAAAUAACAGUAGCAAAACCUUUCCCAGUUGAUGAGCCUACAAUUGAAAAAACAGAAGAAGCUCAGACAGGGGGGUUGGAUGGUGCACUUCCUCCAAGGCAAGACUCGCCAGAAAUUAUCCCACAGAAAACUGAGGUACAACCUGAAGGGAUAAAUGAGUCUACCCUGCCUCCUCGGUUACGUGAAGCAUCAACACAGAAACAAGUCCAAGAGACACCAGCAAACAGUGCGUCCAAUUCAAGAACACCUUUCGGAGAUGUAACACUCCGUAGCGUCGGCACAGGUAUGUCUGCAAGACCUUAUGGGCGUGGAGGUAGCAGACUAGAAUCUGGAACCACCAAAGACGACAGUUAUAAAGAUCUUAGGUUUGAAAGCGAGGGAGCCGCGGCUCAUGGUAGAGAAAACAAAGCUUCCAUUGAGGAGGCAAUCAACAAAGAUCUUGAAACUGGAGAGAAGAAAAGUUACCAACCUCGUACGUCUACCCGAGACACUACGAGACAAGUACCAUCUGGAGUACCUUUAAGUGGCACUUACAAUAAAAAGGACUUUGAAAAGAAACAGGAAAUCCCACCUGCAUCCAGGGGUCCCUCAGGCGCUAGUUACACAGAGAGGGGAAUCCAGUAUACACCACAGGAAGCCCAGCGGAGAGAACCUGAGCCUGCUGCAAUCCCGCAGUAUCUAGAAAAUGUACCUCAGGAUGGGUACCAGAUCCAGCAGCAGUAUGAGAACCAGCAACAAGCGUAUUAUCCCAAUGAUCAGAGUGACUACAGUCAGCCAGGAGGCUUCCCAAAUGCACCCCAACAAUACCAUCAAGAAGAGUUUCAGGGGCAGCCAAACUGGGAGGCUCAGCAACAGCAAGGUGCCCCCUGGAACACUGGCCAUCAACCACAACAAGUGCAGCAGCCUUUUUACAAUAAAGGACAACCACCACAACAAAGAGGCCACAACCCCCAGGAGGGCUAUUACAAUCAGCAAGGUUAUGAUGCCCCAAUUGGGAGACCAAAUAUACCCCAACCGGACCAGGGACGUGAGUACUAUGGACAGCAGGGUCCUUAUCCUGAAAACUACCAAAGUGCUCCUCCACAUGGCAGGCCAGCUGUACCUCAUUCGGGGUAUAUGAGCCCCUCUCAAGGUGGUGGCCCACCAACAAACAGGUUUUAUCCCAAUCAAGGGACACAGCCUCAAGCUGGGUACUACCCCAAUCAAAUACAGCCAGUGCACAAUGAGCCUCCUCCCUCCAACAAGCAGCGUCCCCCGCCAAAGCCUAAACCAAACUUCAUCGAUAUGAACAAGGCGAACCUAGCCCGAGGCCCACCCAGGAAAAGAUACUCUGACAUUCAGAAAAAGGUAACGCCGCCCAUACGGGCCAACCCAAAGAAGCCCCUGCCGAACAUCUCUCGGGAGAACUCUCUAGAUGACCCAUGGGGGGAGCAGUCCUAUAACCAAGGGAGCGCCCACACUUGGUCGCAGGAGAACUGGACUCGCCAGCUUGUCCAACAGCAACAACAUCUUCCUCUGAGGAGAGGUCACUCAGACACCAACCUCUACACCCAGACUCAGAACUACGGACCAGGUCCAAUCCCGCAAGGAUAUCAACCAGCAGGGGCACCUCUUCCAAAUAACAUUCCCUACAACGACCCGGGUUACUCCCAAGACCCCAGAGUCAACCAACCAGCUUACAAUCAGACCUUCCCGCCACAGAUGCCUCGUUACCAAAACGGACAAGUGUACAGCUACUCUGCGGAUCAUGCCACCCACUACGCGCGGAAUAACGGCCAUCCACAGAUGAGUGGUCCGCCUAGAACCAGGGUGGCCUUUGCUGAUGAUCCACAGAAUAGUUUUGACUCUGACGUCAAUCCGAUGGUGUUUGCAAAUGAAGGAGCGGGGGUGCCGUUUCAGCAUGGGAUACAGAGGACAAGUCCUUAUGCUGUAUUGCCGGAUAUACCUGGACAGCACAACAGUGACGGCACCUCGGAAUUACGUAAGAGUGAUCCGGAUGGAUAUGCGGCCCGUCUACUGAAGCAGAAGCAGCCUCCACAGUACAAACAGUAUACCAUCAAAGAUUAUCGCAACCUCAAGAGUGAUAUCAAACUAGGGGGUCUGGGACCAGACCCGGAGCUAGUGUCAGAAAAGCAAGAUAAAGUGAACCGUCAGCGGGACUACGCCAAGACCGUGAUGCAACAAAACAAGAAACAGCUUCAGCAGACGAAGAGAUUAUGGCCGAAUGCUCCAACCGUCCCACGAGAAGAAUCGCCUUCUAAACGAGAAGUUGCAAAGGAGUACUCCAAGAACAUCCCCAAACCCCGCUUGCCCACCCCGCCCGAGGUCCUCCACGAGCGUAUGUACGGGGCAUCGUCACGGCAACAUGAACAGCAGCAAUACGAAGAGGCUGUCCACUCUGAGCGAUCGAUUUCUGAGAUGCGUAAUCUUGCCGAGCUGAGAGCGAGACACGAGAAGGAGAAACAGGAAGUUGAAAAACUGAGGAGAGAUCCUUCCAAGACGUGAAGGGGCGUUGCCAGUUUCCAUUAGGGGCGUCGACUGUUUCCUUGAAGGGCGUCGACUGUUUCCAUGAGUAAAACUCUUUUCACAAUGCUGUAUUCCUCGUGGUUGCCCCCAGGAACAACCCUCAGCCUUUUCACACUAGAGGGUGGCAUAGUUGGCUUGUACGUAAAUGCGAUCACCUCUCACCAAAGUGACCCGGUUCGAUUCCCGGCCAGGACCAUAUGUGAGUUGAGUUGUGCGUUGGUUCUCUGCUGUGCCACGAGGGUUUUCAAGACCAUCCGGUUUUCCUGCCUCAGGAAAAGUCAAACACUUUCGAUUUUGGCUUUGCUCCGUGGUCAUAAUGGGUAGAUGUGGUUGGCAGCCAAAGGCGCCCUUGCAUGCCUGCUUCU